AUGACUGAGACCAGAGAGAUGGACCCAGCAGAUGAGAUUGGUGACAUGUUUGCAAGUGCGCCGACAAAGAAGGUGAUUCACGUGCUGGUAAAAGUGCCAGAAGCUGCCGUUGGUGCUGUGAACGAGACAUUGUCGACAGCGCAAAUGGUCAAGGAAAUUCACGAGCAAAUUGUGCAGACCAAGCGAAAGCGAUACGUCCAUCUGGAGAUGAGCUCAAAUAAGGGGCUCGCUCUUUUGCAAGACCUGAAUAUUCGUGUGGUGCCGGCGCGCUCGGUUCCGUUAACUUCCGAAGACCAAAAUCCAGAGCAACAACGCGAAAGAUAUCGGGAGUACGUGGAAGACAGCAUUGGCGACGUGCUCACGAUAAAGCAGCUUUGCGUACUCGGUUUGGAAGAAGACAAGAAUCAUCUCAGCGCUGCUAUCCCUGGUCACGAUGUUGAUCUCGUUGGACGCACGGAUAUACUGAGCGAUCUUGCAAAGCAGUUCCCGACCCACUUAGAGUUGUUACCCGAAGUGAAGAUGCUGAUCGAAGUGAAGAGGAAGGUGAAAGGAGGCGCCGUCUUCCAGGCCUUGCCGGAGAUGAUUGCGCUGGAUGUUCUCGUUGAUGACCCAGUGAUGGCACUGUUGACUGACUUUACUGGGUAUUGGCAGUUCUUCUGGGUUUCCGAAAGACACGACAACCAUGUCAUCAUUCAAACAGUGAUUAUACCUGUUUCAAGCACAGCGUUUGCAGUGAAUAAGACUCUACUUGCGCAAUCGCCGUCUGCAAAUGCAGAGAUCAGUCUUCCGUGCUUUGCAGAACCAGUGAAACGACGCAAGCUGGUGAAUGUGCUGCCAUCGAUCAGCAAAGGUGGUGAAAGUGGUAUUUGUGCUGCUAUCGAACGAUACUACGAUAUCGCAAGCGUGUUGGGUUUCGACAUUGAGAUGGUGCGUGCUUUAGCGAACCAAGUCGCUCGAUCUAUCCCCGUUUUCGCAAACUCCACUUUAGGUUAUUUCAGCUGA